AUGAUAAUAUUAUUUACCUUCAUUACGUAUUCAUAUUCUCGAUGUGCAUUUUCUGUAGAAUGUUAAGGAAAUAAUUGUGAUCCAUUAGAGGUUGAUACAGAGCCUUUUAUUGCAAGAGUUUCAUAAUGUCCUCAUAUGGAUGGACAAAUGGUUUGUUGUAACAAGAAUUAAGAUGAUUAAAUGCAACGAAAUUUUCAAGCAAUUGAUGCCUCUUUUGGUAAUGCUGGUGGUGGAUGUGAUAUGUAUCAUAUUUCUAUAAAAUUUUUAGUUGUGCUUAUAAUUUAAAGAAGUUUUGGUGUGAGUAUACUUGCAGUCCUAAUUAAAGCAAUUUCCUAACUACUAAUGGAUAUACAAAUAUGAAAGACCCAUUAAAUCCUAAAAAUAUACUUAAAGUUUAAUUAGUUGAAAUAAAAGUGAAACCAUAAGUGGCUUGUGUAAAUAUUUUUAAUAAUCUAUAUAGGACAUGUGGUCAUCUUGUAAAAGAACACAAUUUGCUUCUUAAGUAACUGCGAUGAAAACUCCAGGAGGAUUCUUUAAUUUUCAAGGAGAAUAAGCAGUGUAUAUUUAUUCAUUAAUACAUUAGGGGAUAAGCAAAACAAUUUAUAUCAGUAAAAUUUGUGGAUAAUGAUGAAGAAACUAUAAAUUUUGAUUUUGUUCCUGAUUGUCAAUAUGAAUAUCCACCAGAUCCUGAUGGAAAAAUUGUCACACCAGAUGGAUUUGUAAUAUCUUAAAAAUGUUCAUGCAAUAAUUGCGAUCUUAUGUGCCAUGAUGAGGAAAUACUUUAUUAAGCUACUGGUGUAUUUGAAGGCUUCAAUGGAUACUUGGUCUUAUGGGUAUGGGCAGGUGCACUUUUAAUUGCAGCAUCAAUAACUGGAUUUAGACUAUAUAAAUAAAAAACUAACAAUGAAAUCUUUAUAGAUCCUAUUUGA